AUGAGCUCGCUCUUCUGGUCUGGUCUGGCGGCGUGCACAUGGCUCUACGUUUGCAGAUGCCUUUACAAUCUUUACCUGCACCCGCUCAGCCGUUUCCCCGGCCCCAGGUUGGCCGUCCUGGGGGCCUUCUACGAGUUCUGGUUCGACGUCGUCCAAGAUGGCCAGUUCCUGUGGGAAAUCGGACGGAUGCAUGACAGAUACGGACCCGUCGUCCGCAUCAACGCGCGCGAGCUGCACGUACGGGACUCGGCUUACUAUAGCUCGAUAUACGCCGGCGGCGGUCGAGUCGUCAACAAAGACAUUGCGUCAGUUGGGCCCUUGGCUGCGAUGCCGCACUCGCUUCUGGCAACUGUCGAUCACCACCAGCAUCGCGCGAGGCGAAACCACCUCAACCCCUUCUUCUCCAAGCGUGCCGUUGCCGCCGUCGAGCCGCUCAUCUGCGAGCGCAUUGCCAGGCUCUGCCAACGGCUCGAGGCCGCCAUGGAGAGCCAAACGACCGUGCCGCUCGACGCGGCUUUCUCUGCGCUUACUGCGGACAUCAUAACGCAUCGUUUCUAUGGAGAGCACUUUGACUACCUUGGAGUUCGAGACUACAAGAAUGGCGUGACUGAGGCUGUGCUGGGCAUUGUCAGGAUUUCCAACCUUUUGCGCUUCGUCCCCUGGCUACUGCCCGCGUUGCAGAUGACCCCAAUCUGGGUCGUGCGCGUGAUCCUACCGGCCUUUGCGGAUUUCCUCGCCACGCGGGAAGAAAUCAAGGACAGGAUCCUGGCGUCUUUGCGCGGCAAAGAGAGCACAGGGCCGGGGCCCAGCUCAGUCAUCGUAUCCGCCCUGGGAGACGACCGGGUUCCAGCAGCAGAGAGGGACAUCGACCGCCUGCUGGAUGAGGGAAGCGUCGUCUUGUUCGCCGGCACGGAAACCACGUCGAGGGCCCUCAGCGUCGGCAUGUUCCACCUGCUAAGCGACAAAACGCACCUCGACAAGAUACGCCGCGAACUGAGAGCGCUCGCCUUCACCCCCGGCAGAGGCUACCGCUCGGCCGAGCUCGAGGCCCUUCCGUACCUGACGGGCGUCGUCAACGAGAGUUUGCGCCUGUCGUUCGGCCCUGUUGCGCGUCUGCCGCGCGUCGCGGUCGACGAGUCGCUGCAGUGCAACGGGUUCACGAUACCACCUGGUACCCCCGUAAGCCAGUCGACGUACUUUGUGCAUACCGAUCCGGCCAUCUACCCCGACCCGCACUCCUUUCGACCCGAUCGAUGGAUCCAGGCCGCCAGCGACGGCUUCCCGCUUCACAGAUACCUCGUCAGCUUUACAAAGGGCAGCAGACAAUGCAUCGGCAUCCAAAUGGCGUACACGGAGCUCUACCUGGCCGUCUCGACGCUCGUCAGCACCUUCGACAUGGAGCUUCACGACACAACCGUAGACCACGUCCGCAUUCACUACGUCCGCAGCCUCGGCUAUCCCGAGAAGUGCAGGCACAUGAAGAACCCGAGGGGCGAGAUCACGGUCAAGGUGAAGCGCAAAAUCAGGCGCAGCGACUUGUGA